ACUAUUAUAGUCUGACAUUCGGAGUUCUGUAUAAGUACGGACAGUGGUGUAUUUGGAAACCCUUGUUAUUUAAAGGAUUGUAAAAUCUGCAUUAAAACCAAAACAACGAAAAUCUUCACUUGUUAAAGUAAAGCAAUGGAUACUGGACGUCUGGGAGAAGUCCGCCGCCAUGAAAACAGCAACAGAAAAUUUAUGUGUAUCCUAAAUCACAUGAUCAAAACCCGAUGGGAGACAGUUAAUGAUAGCUUGACCAGGGAGAGAAAUGAAAUGGACAAUAGGCUGGAUAAGGCAGGUACCCUGUGGCGCCGGAAGCACGUCCAACAGAGAGUUUUACAGCAGUGUAUGAAGAUGAGGAAGGAUAAUUUGUCCAAUAGCAGCGCCGCCCGCCGGUUCGGGUGUUAUGGCGGCAAACCUUUAUUUGCAUAUUCCCGGGACAUUGACAGGUUCAUUUCAGAUAAUCAUCCGAAGAAACGUCGACAACGUAAGGUAAAGCAGGCGCUUCUGGAAAGCAUCGAACGUGGACAAAUCAUAGACCCCAAGGAGAUUCCGAAAAGGGUAGAGAAUUGUUUUAACCAUUGGAAGGUAAAGGAAGAGAACUCCAGAAAAUCCGACAUUCUUCCGGAAGUGGAGAGCGGAGGAAAGACAUUCAAAAAUACGGUGAUACCCCCAAUUAGAGGACUUGUUAACAACUUCCACAAAUUCACUCUGGAUGAUGCAGAAGACAGUGUUCGAAAGGAAAGCAAUGAAACUAAGAAUGAAAAAGCGGAUGUGAUUCUAAUUCAAAGGGACAACACUGAUUCAAAGAAAUUAGCGGAAAAUAAAAGUGAAAAUCGCAGAGUUUUAAAAUUACCUCCCGUGCAGACGUCCAAAGCGAUGGUUUCAAUGUCGCAUGCGUAGAGCUUGUACCACGGGACACAGCAAUCGACUUCAUGUGAAUCGGUUGAUUUUUGUAUUGUUAUUAAAUGCAUCAUACAUCUGA